AUGGUAGAAGAAUUGACUCGCUUCAACUUUAUUACUCCAGUCAUCAUUGCGCGGCACGGCUUGUCAUCACCUAGCUCUCCCGGCGGUAUGGACCUCGACGAUGAAAUUCUCGCAAGAGGACCGCCAUCUACGAUUGGUGCUUGUGGAGAUGUCUCACUUGUUGCCGAAUUUUCCCUUACCCAUUCACCAAUUCCGCUAUGUCAUAGUACCCCAAUUGAUUCAUCCAACUCUGGGUUAGAAAUUGUUAUCCACAAUGGGAAUAACGCUGUUACGGAUACUCCCUCUCCGGACCGCGGAAAUAAUUCUCCCAAAGAUCAGGAAAAGAGUGAAAGCCAUAUGAUGGAAGAGGUGCGUGGCCUUGACGAAUUAACCUCGGUUACGGUUCCGCCUGAUCCUGAAGUAGGAAUGAGCGGGAAUGCGCAAGCCGGACUGGAAUCCAGCACGGAUGCAGCACUCGCAACGAACGAAUUCACUGUGUCAGGCCAGCGCUACUGGUUUCGCGAACGAAAACCGAAAGUUGACGAAUUUGGAGAUAAUGGAAAAAAAGUUACACGUGUCAGAAAGGCCAAAACGCAUAGAAAGAAGAAGAAGAGAGAUGGAAAUCCGAUAAAAACUCGUCCGAUGAAGCGUGUUGCACGUCCACCUCCCGAAGAACCGGAAACCAACACCACCAAUCCCGUUAAUGAUCAGGAAGAAGACGAGAAUGACGAAAACAUUAUUCAUAUCUACAUUUAA